AGCGAGAUUGGUUCGAGUUAUGGCCUCUUGGUAUGGAGAGUCAUGUGGUUUUGGACUUUCAACUGAGUGCGUCAUCUUCAAAAUACUCACUCUCUGGGGCAGAUAAAGGCAGACUGAACCUGAACUAUACGUUUAAUACAAAUACAUCAAAGAUUGAAACGUAUGGCGGUUGGAUAGCAGCAGAUGAUGAUAGUGUCCCUUGGCUUCAAGUAGACUUUAUAACAAAUGUGACAAUUAGUGGAAUAGCUACCCAGGGUGAAGAUGAAGGGGAUGCCUGGGUAACCAGCUUCGAAAUAUCUUAUGGCUACAGCAAGAAUUCCUUACAGGAUUAUCAAGUGGAUGAGCAAGUCAAG